AUGGCAAGAAUAAUGAGAAGUAGCUUCUUAAAUCUUUUACUAUUAGUGGUCUUAUUUACAAAUUUAUUACACUGUUUUGAUGCUCAGCCUGUGCCAACUCCUGCUCCAUCUCCGAAUUCACCUUCACCGGCUCCAAAUUUGCGUCCACCUUCGCCUACACCAGCUCCUGUUCCGCCUCCUAAUUCGCCUCCACCAGCGCCUGUUCCGAGUCCUAUUUCUUCACCUCCCCCUAAUCCAAAUGCACCAGAACCGGAACCUACUGCGGCUGGUCAAGGAGGCUCAUCGGGUCUAAGUGGCGGUCAAAAGGCGGGGAUAGUAAUAGGUACACUUCUGGGAGCUGCCAUAUUAGGUUUCAUUGGAAUGGUUUGCUGGAAGCGCCGAGUUAACAUUAGAAGAAACCGUUAUAGUGAUGCUGCCAGAAACAUUGAACUUUGA